AUGGGAUCUGAAACUCCCAGAUUAUUGGGAGAAAAGAGAGGUUCAGAUGCUCACAAUGUCAAGAAGGCAAAUGCGUUGAGGCUUUCUCACACCCUUCAAAAACUGUAUCCAAAUCGGAGAUCCUCUCAGAGACUUACCAUGAAUCGGGAAAGAAGAUCUGAUGUUACAAGACCUCAAGAGGACUCUUCAGGCCAUCUCUCUGUGGUGGACCUCCACCGUGACAUUCAGUCAGUUGGGGAAAAAAUAGAUAGGCUGGAGACCAAAGUGGAUGAACUGUGCAAAGUCCACAACAAAGAUGUGGACAUUCUAGCAGCAAUGUAG